AUGGGUACUAUCAAAAGAGGAGUGAACUUGUUGGGUGCUGUGUUUUUUCGAAACCCAUUCACUCUAAAAGGAAGCGUUAGAUUUGUGUGCAGAAAUAUGUCAAUGAAAGCUCUAGUAGUGGAGGAGUUUGGAGACUCUUCGAAGCUGAAGUAUUCAGAGACGACAAAACCAGUCCCUGCGGAAGGCGAGGUAAGCAUAUAAAAGCUUUAUAAAUGUAUAUCAUGUCAUAAAAUUAAUACCCAGCGAAAAUCGAUCGAAAGUAGCAUGUCUAGCCUUGUGCUUACAUGCAGCGACAAUUAAGCUGGCGGCUCGAAAGUACUAGCUUAUGCAGACGUUCUUUGGGCUUCGUCACAUGUUCCUUCCCCUCGAAAUUUGGGAGGAUUGCGUGACGAAGCAAGGAACGUCAGCGUUGGUACUGGCCAUUUUCACAGGUCUAAGUGCGUGAUAGGAAACAGAAUAGGAGGCAGUUUAGGAGUAGUCAGAUGCAGAAGCAAGCAAAUUUUAAAAUGCACAUGGUGUGUUCUCUUUUUACUUCACUCUGUCCUGGUUGCCUGGUCGUUUCAUUACACAAUCCUACAGUGUUAAAUCUAGGCGGUAUGAUGGCACUUUUAGCUUUUUUCUCCUUGCUCAUUCGUGUGUGCCUUGAGUUGACAUUAGUCAAAUGAGACCGAAAUGGGACCAUGGACUUGGAAACCGCUAAACUGAGAGGGAAAGAUCUCACUGGGGCCAAAAAUCACCCCUUAAAGGUGUCAUGAUCAUUUAGGCUAGUGUUAGGGUGAUUGGCGGGUUUUGCACUGCACAUCUCUUACUGUGCAUAACAAAAUGGCUGCCGUGAAAAACGCUGCGUGUGGUUGUUGCCAAAGGGUCCUAAACAGCCGUAUUUGUCAGCAUCGUGACGUGAAAACGACCAUGGUGACCCGGCCCUCUUUUUAUUACUUUUUUAUCAUCUUCUUGACUUGUUACACCAGUGUACCAUGUUUCAUCUACGAUCUUUGUUUGGUUCUACUAAGGAAUCACCUUAAAUGAUGGGUUUUUAGAAAACAAUGGCCUAGAAAAUGAAGAUCUACCACCCAUUAAACAAGGUAGAAAAUAACAACCUGUUAAUUUUAUGAUCCUAGGCAUUAAUUGCCAGCAGGCUUUUCCCGUUUCUGAUCUGCAUGGCGCUUGUUUUCACUGUAUUUUUUCUGUUUAAUUUGUUCUAGGUUUUAGUGAAUAAUCAGAUAUGUGGCCUUAACUACCUAGAUGUCAUUAUAAGAAAGGGAGCAAUUCCCCUAGAGAGACUGGGAUCUAAGUUUCCUGUCACUGUGGGAGUAGAGGCUGCUGGAAUAGUGGAAGAGAUUGGUGAUGAAGUGGAUGGUGUAGCUGUUGGAGAAAGAGUAGCAUAUGUAGUUAUUGGAUCUGGUGAGUGUUUUAUGUUUACACAGCUUUGUACAUUUCAUGGAAAUUGUACAGAUAGGAUACUUAACAUGGCCAUCGUGUACAACAUUUCUCUUCAAGAGUUGAAAAAAACAAAGGCUCUCAAGUGACUGCACCAAACAAGUGAAAUAUUUUUCAACCUAAGAAGAGAAAAUCCUCGGAAGAUGGAGGGACUGUAUUUAACCCAUGUGUAUUUAUUGGGAUUCAAUUUAUGGCUUGAAACCCAGUUAAGGCCAGUAAACAAAGCUCUGUCUGGCAGCAUGUCCUUAUAUUGGUCAAAUAAGCAAGCAACCCCCUAUUAAGGGGUACGGUGAAGAAAUAUCAAAAGUGUUUGAGUUAUGUAUUACUCUGACAAAGAUGAGAAUUUCCUAUCUUUUUCUGUCAGAAAAGGCAAUACAUGUUGUUGAUUUUAGUGGGAGAAAAAUUCUUAGUUUUGACCAUUUGAUGAAAUACUGGAGACUAACCAAGAUAAUUACAGGCCAUCAUACUAGAAACUGUAAAAUGUUGAGUUAAUGGUGGUGUUUGAAGUUAAUUUCCCUAAAUUAAGUUAUGCUUAUAAAUUUAUGAUUUUUGUACAAAAGGGAAGUGCUAUUUUAAUAUUUUCUGCCUGACCAGGAGCACAUGCGGACUAUUCUAAAGUUCCUUCUUCAAGAAUAGUAAAAAUUCCACCUGAGAUAACUUUGGAACAGGCAGCCACUGCCAUGAUACAAGGAAUGACUGCACACUAUCUCGUGCAUACAACAGGGAGAGUGAAGCCUGGAGACAAGGUCCUGGUGCAUGCGGCUGCAGGAGGGACUGGGUCUCUAGUGUGCCAAGUUGCCAAGAAUGCUGGUAAUUAUUUGGGUUAUUGAAGUCUGGAAAUUAUGCUCAGAAAUCUCAACGGCAUAUUUUCUUCAAAGUCUUUUUUGUAACUUUUAAAAAGCUUACUUGCUUUUGAAGCAGACAUAUCUACCUUUCAGGGCAUAAUUCUUCCAUUAACUGUGAAUUAUUUUUUGUGGCUACAAUAGUGCGCGCACUCUGAUUGGUUGUGGAGUAGGCAAGAUUUUCUUGUAAUGAUCAGGCAUUAGGGCAUGACAAUUUUCUUGGCUCAAUGGUUCUUUUGAGUUGUGAGUAAAAGCUACAAGUGUGAGGGCAAAAACAACAAAAACUACCAACAAAUAUAACUAUCUUUUCAAUAACUGAAAGAAAAAUAACGCAUCAGCCUUGAUGUACUGACCUUGCUAUCGCUUAGUCAAUACAUCGAGGCCUCGGUCUGAAAUUUCCAUUUAAUGACCUCACUCAUGGUUAAUUAGUGAUAUAUCAUGAAUCCUCAAAUAAUUUUUAUUUACUAAAAGUUUAAUGUGCAACUUGGCAUAUCUGUGCUUAAAAAUUACACUUGAUCAUCUUUUCUCCAAAAGACACAUUCUUUUGUGUAUUAUUUUCACAAAAAACACUUUUCCUUCAAGACAUGAGACCUAGUAAUUACCCAGGGAAAACAUUUGAGAGAGGAAGAAAAGCAAAACUUUAAAGUCGAGUCUACUCUCCCCUUGGAAUUUUGCUUUUUCUGAGUGCCUGAAACCCGAAAGCUGUAUUUUUGCUGCUGGUUAAAUGAACAAAGAAUAGAAAAUAAUAGAUAAGAAAGCAUCUAUAGUGUGGUAUCAGUAAAUAGAAAAAGAUUUCAAGCAUAAGCUACGCUAUGAGAUCUGCAAAAGUAAAAUAAUGCAACGAAAUCCGUGCCUGGUUCUGUAAUUAUUUCUGCAGGAGCCUUUGUGAUUGGAACAACCAGUACAGAGGCCAAAGCAGCAAAGGCGAGGGAGUCUGGGGCUGAUGAGGUCAUCCUUUACUCACAAAAAGAUUUUGUGGAAGAAGUGAACAGGAUAACUGAUGGAAAAGGAGUAAAUGUUAUUUAUGAUGGCAUUGGGAAAACAACCCUCCACAAAGGUAUAUUAACAGUAGUUCUAUCUUAAAACACCUUAUGAAAGUUUGCUCCAUUGAGUUCUUUUAACUAUAACCUACCCUUGAUGCCAGACGUGUUCACGCUCACCAGUGAUGAGAACCGUAAAGAACAAGGUGCUGAAGAGCUGGUUGGUGACUGGCUCUCAUGGCUUUGCUGAUCAAUAUUCCGUCGCCCUCAAAGAGAAAAAAACCCUCUUGCACCCAGGGUAUUUCAACUUCCCUAUCCCAAUGUUGUUUCAAUCACGCAAGUGUAAAACCAACUUUCAUUUUAGAACAGGGGAGCGGGACGUUUCGAGCAGUUCAGUGACGAGACUUGUGGUCUCUUUUCUGUAAAUUAGGUUUAUGUCCUCCUUUUUUCUCCACCAAAGCCUUCUGUAGAUGUCCUACUCUGUCCAGAAGCCUGUAGGAGACUCUUGCAAAGGUGAAAGUCAAAGAACUAACAUAGGCCGAAUACUCCAGAUGAUCAGCGCUAUUGUGGGAAUUUCCAUGGCUGAAUUACAGUGGGAAAUAUGGAGUAUUCAAGGUCACCGGCUAUACACCUAACUACAAAAACUGGUCUGCAACUGGCUUUCGACUUUAUAAUUAUUAGUUAAACAUGAAAAAGAAUGGCAAAAAUCGCAAGUACCGCGAAAAAUUGUCUGGCUGGUGGUUUUUCGCAAUUUCAGCUGCGUAAAUUUGGUAAAAUCCGCAACUGGAUUUCGAAUUAGUCUUCAGUAUGACCAAAAAAAAAAUGCGAAAAUCCCAAGUAUCGUGAAAAACCGCCCACCCUUGAUUUCUCCCAAUUCGCGCAAAUUUUGCAAAUGAGAGAGAGAAGAGCGGAAAAUCGCAAUGAAUGCGAAAAUUCGCCAACCUGGCAGUUUUAGCGAUUUUUCGUGUGCUUGCAAAAAAUUUUUGCAGCUGUGUGCAAACCUGGACAUAAUAUUGUAUCAAAAUAUCAAUAACAAGGAAACAGCCAGUCGAUUAUGAGGCGCAUAUGUGUACAGUAAAUUGGAGAGGGUGAAUUUUUUUUUUAGUUACAUACAAGUUUGUUGGGUUUGUUGAGGUCUCCCAUAGGAGAAGUGCAAAAAAUAACGUGGAAGCAGCAGUCGCUGAGAAAGGAUAUUUCAUAUCCAAUUACAUCUAGUGGGAGGCUGAUGCCCAAAACACUGGAUAACUCUGAUUACAAUUUUUAAAAAUGAAGUUAAAGGGGUUAUGUCACGAGGCCCGGGGGUACUCCGUUAUAUAUGACGAACUUUUAGUGUUAUUUUCAUUUUUCUUUUAGCCCCUGAAGAAGGUUUUGCUUCAAACCGAAAUAUUGGGUAAUUUGUUUAAAUAUAUAUAUUUUUUUGUUUUCUUCUUUUGUUUACUUCUUCAUCGCCUUGCCGUAAGGAUCAGUUUGCCGUUUCAUAUUUUUUUUACUCCCUUAUAUAAGCCAUAUAGGUAUGAGCCGCUCCAAAGGGUAUGGUUCUUUGCGCCGUUUUGGUCUGAACUGAAACGGGUAUCGACUUUGCCCAUUUUGGUCUGGAAUCGGGUAUGGGUUUAGAGGAAACUGCGAGAAUGUAUGAAAGUGUUUGCCGUUUUAAUUCCAAAAGAAUAAGAAGGAAAGAAAUGUUUUUUCGUUGGUGUUCUAGUCUAAGUAAUGAUGGCAUAAUUUGUUACCAGCUAGGUCUGAAAACGGGUAUGGAUUUUAGAGGCCAGGUCGGAAAGUGGGUGUCAAUAAUAACAUGCAUAUUUUGGUCUGAAAUAGUGUCAGGGUUUGGAUACAUACAUGUAUACCCCCACCAGGAAUUCCCAGGAAUACCCCCCCCCCCCGGGCCACGGGGCUUUUGCUUUUUUAGGUCAAUUCUUUGCGGAAGUCAGGGGUCAUUUUCGGUUUUUUUGAAAUUGCCCUCCUACCCCCCCCCCCCCCCCCCCCCCCCCCCACCCUUUUCCCCUCACAAAACAAACACUGCUAUUUUUUUGUUGUGGGCGGGGUGAGGGGGAGGCACGCGAGAACGAUAAAAUAUGCCCGAACGACUGUACCCCCCCCCCCCCCCCCCCCCCCCCCCCCGCUAAGCCAACAUUUUGCCCUAAGUAAGAACUAAGUGUUAAUGUUGGUUUAGGGGAGGGGUAGGUGGGCAGUUUCCCAGAAACGUAAAAUGAUCCGAAGUAACUGCUAGUGAAUACUGCUAGUGCCUUUCCCCAUACACAAAAUGCUCCUGUAGAGUUAUGAAGGCGACAUCAAACAAAUAAUUUCAUCACAUAACACCAACCAUAACAACUUUUUUGACUUUGCAAGCACAGCUUUUUCAAAUUUCAAUCUAUGUCCAUCCUUGCCAUUCUUUAAAACAGCCGACAAGAAACAGUUUGAAUGCCUAAAUAUAGUCUUGGAUAACAAGGCUGAAUCAUUAUUUUUUGAAUUCAACUGAUGCGAAAAAAGUUCUAGCUUUUCAAAAAGAUAUAUAGCAAAUAGCGUGACAUAACCCCUUUAACCUUUUAAGCCCGAACAUCAACGUGCAUCUUCUCCACACUGUUCUUCAUUCAUUCCUUAUAGUACCACUUGAGAGAAUUUGUUCUAACAUCACAACAUUUCAUCUUUGUUGAUCAUUUAAUUAAUUCUCAUGACCUGUCUGUUUGAUCAAGCAGUGUGAUUGUUGGGAGAAAUUGGAUAUGGGUCACUAUAAACUUGUUAUAUAUAUGUACGUGUUUUAGGUUUCAAUUGCUUGGCUGUCCAAGGAAUCAUGGCAUCCUAUGGCGUGGUAUCGGGAACUCCUGAGCCUGUGGAGAUCAGCACCCUCGCAAAAGGAUCCUUCUCCGUAUGCCGACCCUCCUUGUUUCAUCAUAUUGCCACAGACGAAGAUUUGAAGUGGCGAAGUUCCGAAGUCUUUGACUGGAUUAAGGAGGGCAAAGUUAAGUUUGGCGACUUCACAGUGUUUCCUCUGUCGGAUGGAAGGAAAGCUUAUGAGUUGUUGGAAAGUGGAAAGUCCACAGGGAAAAUAUUGAUGAAGCCGUAAAGUUCGCAUUCAUUCUUUCCCACGAUUGCCCGACCUCUUUGAAGAAUAAUUCCAUCUAUUUUGUAAGACAGUAAGAACCAAAUGGUACUGUGCGAAAAUUCUGCUGAAGAGGUUUCAUUUAUCAAAAAGGACAAACUGAUUCACAAGUUACACAGUAGGAGUUGCAAACUGGCCUAAUACGUGGGCGAAACGACUUAAGAUGUUGGCGAACAGGACGUUAGCGAGACGACUCGUCGGCGAAACGACCGUAAAACCUAUAAUCAAACUCUGUCACGAGCUUAAAGAAAAUAAAUAAAGCAAGAAGUAUGUAGAUUUCGAUACCAGUAAUGAGAGAAGCUUCGAAAAAGUUAUAGUUAGUUGGCAGUAUAGUCAAUAAUUUCAUAGGCAGAGAAUACAGCCGCCCUUCGUUGCUUCCCAUCGCCAAGGCUAUUCGCGAAAGAUGAGAACUCGAAACGUUGUGCGGAAGCCAUGACAGAGAAGCGGCUGUAUUCGCCGGCUAGUGCAGUAGUAAUUAAUCUCGUACCCAGAUCUCACUCUGUUUUACACUUGGCCGUGGGAGAUCUGGGCACGAGAUUAAGUAGUAAUCUCAGAUCUUGAUAAAAUAAGGAAAUAACUUGUUUCUUUUUGCCAAAAUCAGGAGUCCAUUCCUCCUGCUAAAAAUGUAUUUUAAAGGCAUUUUAGCAGAGCCUCAGCGCGCGCGAGGCGCACAUGGCGGAGCCCCGUAGCAAAGAGAAUGGGAACCUAUCCAUGCGAGAAAAUUUGGUUAUGACAUCGGCGACUGGCAGGGAGGCACUAAGUAGACUCUGCAGGGGUGGGGGUGGGGAAUCCCAGACAUGUAGCUUGCGUUUGUCUUGGCGAAACGUUAGCCAGUUCGCCUAGAGGCAGCCAAUGGAGUUUUUUCAAAUGUUAAAAAAGACAUUAAAAUUUCGUCUGUUUGACUGACGGCAAAAAACUUUUUUGAAAUAUAGUUUUAAGGACGUGGUUUUUAGCUUGGUCACGCUUUUUAAAAAAUUCACACCAAGAGCUAUUAUGGCUCUUGUUUACACAUUACUGAUGAUGAAUACAAAGGUCGGCCAGAUUUUCCUUUAAGGUCUUUUUUAAGAUUCCCAUUUAAUUAGGGAGCUUUAGCAACGACGACGGCGACGGCAACUAGAUCGUACAUAAAGCAAUAGGUUUGUUAAUCAAAACAACAAUUUUGCACGUGCAUCACCCUUUUUUGUACAUUUCGUUGUCAUGACUGCAUGACUUUGAAGUGAAAAUGCCUGAUUGCACGUUUUAUGGAGGACGUAAACAAGCGACGACGAAUUUUUCUUUCUCUUUCUAAACUUGAGUGCGGUCCUUAAGGAAUCAACUCCUGGAAAAUUCGCCUACAUUUGACAUUUUCAGCUAAUUGGCAUAAACGCGACAAAGUUUGACGAAACGCGAAUUCAUUUUAAAAGUGACGUUUUCGCUGCCGUCGCCGUCGUCAAUGCCAAAGCUCCAUUUUGACUCUAGAAAUUGCAACGACAACAACAAUUUAUUGCACCUAAAGCAGAUACUUAUUUACCAGUUGUUAAAUUAAUCAAUUAGCUAAAAGGGGUACUGACUUCCUGAAAUAACUAAUAAGUUAAAAAUACCAAGAAGCCAGAUUCAGUAAGAUAAUUUAAAUAAGUUUAUUGUGCUGGGUAUAAUAUGGCAGCAUAUCAGACUGUAUAAACACAAACACACGGAUAUGCACAUAUAAACUAGCACGUAUUACCGUAAGAAGAGCGAAAAGGUAAGUAGGAUGGAAGUUACGAAGUACAAGAUAAUUGGCAAAAUUAGUAGAGUUAUAUGAUUUGCAGACAAAUUAACACAGAAAUGACAAUUAGACAGACUUACACAACAGAAAAUUAAGUAAAAUGUUGAAAAUUACGUUAGAAUGUCGCAGGAAGGAAAAUCGCGGCCAUCUUGUUUCCCCACCGCUGACCAAAAACCUGUAACCUGUAACCUGUAAAUUGGCUGCUACCAAAAAGGUUAUCGUGCUGUAAACAUAACACUUCUAGCUUGAUGGAAGAGUUUUGAUUUCAGGUGUUUUUUCUUAAUACUAACAACAACAACAACAUCUUUUAUUUAAACACGGUAGGAUUUAAAGCCAAUAUAGCUUAUGGGGCCGUGUAAAUGUUAAUAAAAUAAAAUAAUAAAAAUUAUUAAAAUUGAAUGAAUUCAAUAAAAGGUAAAAUAUGUACAAUAAAAGAUAUGAAUAGAAUUAAUAAAAGACGAAAUCCCUGUCAAUUUGGGGACGACCCAUUUGCGGUGACUCUUCAUUAAAGUUCAAGUUUCUGAGGGCGUGAGACUUUUUUGCCCCUUUGGCAUAGUCCCUGGCGCUGACAGCGGAUGGUUCUAAAAGAUUCCAAACAGUGGAUCCUCUGUAAGAAAUAGAGUUUUUCAUAUAAUAAGUUUCAAAACGUUGUACGCUAACACGAUGUUGAUGACGGAGGCCAUACUUAGACUCUUUUCUUUGGAUUAUAAUCAGCCAGCUACCCCCACCACCCUUGAAGAGGAGGAUUAUUUUAUUUGCUUCGAGUUUAUUAUAUUUGAGUUAAUUGCUUAUAUAUAAUUAAAUAUAUAAACCGAGGCUUCGCUUUUAGCUCUGCCUAAAUCUAUAUUUUAUAGAUGGUACUAGGCUGUUUAGUUUAAGACUCGUGGGCGAAACGACGUCCGAUCACAGCCGAAAAUUUAGGGAGAGUACUUCCAGAGUUCGUGUCAGUUGUUCAUAGGCGGGCCAGCAAUACCGAAAUUCAGAAGUGCCAAUGCUGGUUUUUGGCAAAAAAAAGAAUGUCCUUUUACCCUUUACCCGAAGGCUGUCAUUAUCGAAAGAGUUAGUUUAUCUGAUGUCCGUUUACCCGGCAUGAAGUCAGUUCGAAAUUCUCAGCCUAAUUCUCAUGAUCAGCGUAAGUUGAAAACUUCUCUCAUCAAAUGUAAUAAUCAUUGAAGAACAAAUAUUAAAACAAGAACGUAACGAGUAUUUGCUUCGCUAUCUGGAUUCAGGUUUCGACCAGGAGUUUGAAAAUAAACUUCAACGAUAGCGCGGGUAACAUUGAUAAACGGAUCCUCUUUUCCAAGUAACUCAGGUACAUAAACAAAAAUUGGCAUACAAUAAGAGCCUCAGUUGGAAGAUACUAAGACCGUCGUUAAGUUGUAAUACGGAAAUAACCAUAGUUAGGCAUGGUCCGAAAAUAAAAAAAAAAGAUUAAUUAAUUAUAGGGGAUUUUUAUCUUCGGAUCUCAGUGUCGCGCUUUGAAAAGUUUGUUUUUUCCCUGUUUCCAUGUGAUGAAGUACGGGCUGAUAGUUUUUCGAGCCGUAACCACUCUGGAGCUAACUAGUGGUAAGGGAAAUUGCCUUGCUAUUACACGGUCAAGAAAGAAACACCGCGCCAACAGGUACCAAUAUUUAAUUUAUACUUUAAUAGAGUACUUCAAGUGAUGACGUCAUAAAAAAUUUGUCAGGAGAUUCUGAAAGAACAAUGUCCAAGAGGCCUACUUGCCAAAAAUGAGCAUCCCGGGGCAAAUUGUCUCCGAGAUGUUAGCCGGUUAUACUCAGAAAACUCCAUACAAACCCUUAUAAUUUUUUUUGGGUCGACCCAAAAAAAUUUAGAAGGGUUUAUUUGGAGUUUUCUAAGCAUAACUGGAGUACGAUCUCAGAGACAAUUUGCCCCGAAAUGCUCAUAUUUGGCAAGUAGGCCUCUUGGACAUUGUUCUUUCAGAAUACCCUGACAAAUUUCAUGAUUUUUAUGACGUCACACUUUAGUACGUUUUAACCAACCAUAAAUUCCCACUGGCCUUCCUGUGACGAUCCUGUGACUACAUCCGAGCGUCCCCGUACUAGAGAGACUGGAGACUAAUACAGCCUUGCUUAAAAAAACGUGGAGGAUUUUGCUAAGGCGGGUCCUGUGUAAAGGGGAGUGAACUUGCUAGGCGCUGCUUUAGGAAACCCUUUUUAUCUUAAAGGAAGCGUCAAAGUUGUGUGCAGAGGUAUGUCAAUGAAAGCUCUUGUAGUGGAGGAGUUUGGCGACUCUUCAAAACUGAAGUAUUCAGAGACCACAAAACCAGACCCCGCGGAAGGCGAGGUAUUAAGCUUAUUUAAAUAAUUCAUAACAUAAAAAUGAAUUGAAUAAAUAAAUUCACAGCAAGAAUGGAGCUUGUCAUGGCAAAAUAUGACAUAAUACGCAGCGUUCUCAGUAAGUUUUAAAGUAGACAAGUACUGGUACGGUGUAAAAGUAGGCAGCUUGGCAGUCAAGUAGUGUAGGCUGUGUAGCUGUAGGCAAUUUGAGGGUUUCACUCCGAUCCCCCACUUUACCCAUUUGCCCCCAAAAGUAGAUGGCCCAGACCUGAAAGUAGUCGGUUAGCAUUUAAUGAGAACCCUGAAUACGGCCCACAGAGCCGAACAAACUCAGCAAUUUUUGACUUAGAUCAAACCCCGUCUUUGAAUUUGACCACAGGUUACCCAGGUUCUGUGAUAGUGCCACAGUACAGUUCCAGUAAAUUAAGAAAAACGAAACAUAUACCAGCUGAUGGCUAAAUUUUGUAUUUUUCAACUAUUGGAAUACUACAAAGUUUCCCUUUUUUUCAACCUUAGGAAGCUUUUAUGGUCCAUGACGGCAGUGGUAACAAGAACAACAAACAAACAACGUUAGUAUAAGAUUAGCAAAACAUCAGCUUGGCACGUGCAUCACGCUUUUUUUUAAAGAAACAAUCAAAUAAAGUGUGAUGCACGUUCAAAGCUGAUGUUUUGCUAAUCUAUACUAUUGUUGUUUGUUGUUAUUGUUGUCCCUGCUGUCGUGGUCAAUUAAGCUUUGAAAGGUGGAGUUUUCCAAGAGCUGAAAAAUUAUAAAAUGCAGCCAUCAUUUCAUAUAUGUUUCUUUUUCUUUCUCGUUUUGGCGUGUGCACUGGUUUUGCUUGGGCGACUCGCGUUGGCUCAAGUGGACAGUAGCCCUUGAGCAAAUGUAUUUCCAGCAGGAGAGGCUCAACUUUGGGCAAACUAUGUAACGGCCCCCCGGAAAGGUUAUAUUUCCAGGACACCUGGGAUGGAUUUGAUUUGUACAGAGCCCAGGCCUCAUUUGCUUGGCCAUGCAUUUAUCUGGCCCGGACACUUAAGGGUGUCAACUUCAGGCCUUUUUGAUUAUAUCACUCCACAAUAAUGCUAAAGAGUGAGAGCAGUUGGAAUCGGAAAUGUACAGAAUGUUGUGAGCCCGCAAUAUGCCUUUUUAGCAAAAGGGAUAUUUCAAUCCACAAAUAUAUACAACGUUACUUCUGGAAAAUCCAAGGUGGCAGACGUUGAAAUGUUCACUUUGUAGAGUUUGUGACAAUUUUGCUACAAACCUGAGUUGUUCAUACCGAUUCAUCUACCUUCAAGCUUUAUUUAAUCGCACCAAUUAACGUAAAAGUAGGAUGUACAGAACCUGAAGAGUUCUGGUCACCAGCGUGGCGACUAACUUUUGAAUCUUGGUCGCCAGCAUGGUAAACUUAGGCGCACUAGCGACUGUAUCAGGCACAAUUUCAUGCCCUGCCCUCGGGGUCAGUGAACAAUGCUAGAUAUAUACCUUGAUGCUUCACGUCUUGGUAUAUAUCCACCACUAUACUCACCUCCCCUUCGGGGGAUAGUUGUAUGCUAUCCUAUUUCUACGAUCCUAGCAUGUUUAUUUACUGUUGGAGUUCAAAUUUUGUGGAAAAGGGAGCAUGGCGACCAUGAUGCCAUCUUGUGCCUCCUACCUUGUGUAUUAUAUUGUGUGGAGGGUGAAUUUGAGCAAAUUAUGACGAAAAUUCAUUUGAGCAUUAAGGACAACAAUAACUAACAGCAGACUAAGUUUCAUUGACCUUUAUUUGGUAUUUCCUACAAAUUUGUACUGUGGUGCUAUCACAGAGCCUGGGUUACCUGUGAUUUGACAGCAGUAUUGUUUCCUUUUUCUAGGUUUUGGUGAAAAAUCAAAUAUGUGGCCUGAACGACCUUGAUAUCAUUAUAACAGAGGGGUUGCAAUUGUCAUUAGAGAGUUUGGGAUCUACAUUUCCUGUCACCAUGGGAGUAGAGGCUGCUGGAAUAGUGGAAAAGAUUGGUGAUAAAGUGGAUGGUGUAGCUGUUGGAGAAAGAGUAGCAUAUGUAGUUAUUGGAUCCGGUGAGUGUUUUGUAUUUACACUUGUACAUCUAUGCAUUUUUUGGAUCAGGUGUGGUACUGUACAUAAAAUUGUCUAAUUUUUAAUAGGAAAAAGAAGUGCUUAUAAUGAUCUGCUUAUUAUUUUUUUCCUGAACAGGAGCUCAUGCAGACUACUCCAAAGUUCCUGCUUCGAGCUUAGUAAAAAUUCCACCUGGGAUCAGUUUUGAACAGGCAGCUACAGCUAUAGUACAAGGAAUGACUGCACACUACCUUGUACAUUCAACAGGACGAGUGAAGCCUGGAGACAAGGUCCUGGUGCACACAGCUGCAGGGGGGACUGGGUCUCUGGUGUGCCAAAUGGCCAAAAAUGCUGGUAAUAAUAAUAAUAAUAGCAAUAAAUAAUGGUGUAAUAUGGCCAUAUCCUCCUAUAUUAAUACUUGAAAAUUCCAAAUGACACUUUCUGCUUAAAAAAUAUUCUUUCAAUUUAUAAAAGUGCCUAAAAAGCUCAAACCCACUCAUACGCAAUACGUUCCUAUGUCAUUUCAAGGUAAUUUUGCUAGAUGCAGAACUUGUGAGGGUCAUUAAUGUGAUUGACUGUGUCAAACAUGCCUAACAAAAGAUGCAUGGAAAAUAAAAACAUGUUUGUUGCAAUUGAAGUUUAGUGAAAAAGUUGCCUUACUCCUCAUUACUGGUACAUCUUUUUAAAGAAGCCAAGAUAACAAUUGAGCAUUUUCAGCUAGUAGAAUACCAGGAGAAGGACCGGCAAGAAUAGGGAGAAAGAAAAGAAAGCUUUAAAAAAGGCCUGCCACUUCCGAGUUCCAAAAACCCUCUCUUUCAAAAUGAGGCCAAGUGCACAACCUUAUUAUGAAAAUGAGUUUUAUUUGCAUGAGAAGGAAAAAUCAUUUCCAUAUCAAAAUGCGCAAGCAAUUCUUGGAUGUCUGUAAAACACGGUAUAAGGGAACUCUCUGGUUGAAUGAAGCAACUUGUGGUGAAACUGGUGAAUGGUUGUGUAAUGCAACGGUCCACUUCUGAGUUCUAAAAUCCCUCACUUAUCAAUUUAAAAACCUAGGCCAAUAUUAUUGCAAAACCUUUCUUGUGGAAAUAGGUUUUAACAGUUGCAUAGGAAUAAAAAUCAUUUUCAUGUAUGACAGGCUUUUGCAUUUACUCUUGGUUUAACAAUAUAUUCGAAUUCGCAUUUGGCCUGCUUAUUUCUACAGGAGCCUUUGUGAUUGGGACAACCAGUACAGAGGCUAAAGCAGCAAAGGCGAGGGAGUCUGGGGCCGAUGAGGUCAUCCUUUACACACAAAAAGAUUUUGUGGAAGAGGUCAACAGGAUAACUGAUGGAAAAGGAGUAAAUGUGAUUUACGAUGGCGUUGGGAAAACAACUCUACAUCGAGGUACAGUAUUAAGUAACUCCUCUCUCAUCUGUACAGUCAUCUUAAGACUUUACCUGCGCUACUUUUAACCUGCUCCGAAGCUCACAAUAGCCUCAGAUAGGGUUACCGGUCGUUUCGGUACAAAAUCUUUUCGAGACAAGUUUAUUUAGUCGAGGUGUAAGUAGUUCCACGUACUGGGCUUAAAGAACGAAGAAUAUUCACCAAAAAUGUUUUUCUUGUUCACGCGCAAACUAUACUUAAAGUGAAUGAAAUUUUUGUGUAAUUUCGCUGCUUGAGUUUGUAUCGAAACGACCAGUUUCCUUUGAAAGAUGUAUUAGAGGCGUAGUUUUGGAACUCUCAAGGCUGGUUAAUGAAAUGUUUUUGAUUUUGUUUUUUGCUCCAUUUGUUUUCGGUUUUAAAGCCUGUACCUCUAAUGCAUCUUCAAAUGCGUUAAUUUCAUCAGAAUACCAAGAAACGCCUAAAGUCGUAUUUUUCGUAGAUUUCUCUUCCGCGUAUGAGGUACCUUACAGAUUAGAGGGAGUGGAUGAGUAGUUUUUUCUGAGUUCAUCAAGUUCAUGUAUGGGAUAAGUACUCACAAGCUGGAACCUGUAAUGUCUAAGAAAAUAAAUUUUGUAAAAGCAUCUAGAGCAGGUUUUUUCUCUCUUUAGGGGCGAGCGAAUGCGUGCGCGAGACGAGCGCGGUAUGCCAUUCAUCCCGCGCGGUGCGAGGUGCGACCAGUUUUAUAAUAUAAUUUCUGAAAGUUAUAGACUAAACCGAGAGAGAAGGUCCAGGUACAUUUGUAUGGCAUAUGAGAGGCGAACUGUAGAAUUUGUAUGAUUACUCCCGAUUAUUACAAGAAGAUGCUCCAACUGGUCUUCAAAAAAAGGUUUAGAGGGUAAAGUGGACGUUGCUGUGGUGUAUUUGUGGUGAACUUCAUGCACAGCAUGUGUAGAUUGCGUCAAAAAAGGACCGUAGAUGAAUAGAACUUAACUCCUCCGGAUCCUGAGUUUCAAGGGUAAAUCGUCACUUAAUGAAUGUUAUACUAUUGUUUUGAAAGGCUUGCUGCGUUGACAAAGGGUUUCCCCUAUAGGAAGAUCAUUGUUCAGGUCGGGACUAGCCCGGUAUCCGUUCAGGCGCGGAUCCACACCGGUUUCCACCGUUUAACGAAAAUCGGUCGGAUUUUUCUUAAUAAACUAUAUUUUAAUGGUAAAAAGAACUUUCCAAGUUGAAAUCUAGCCAAUAUCCUGUCUGAAUGACUCCGAAACCCAGGAAAGAGGACUUUAGGGAGUUAAAAUCCAAAAAAUUCCCCGGGAGAGCAUGCCCCCGGACUCCCCUGGAAGCUUGCGCUAUCGGCGCUCGGUUUGGGAAAUCGGUCAUUAGUUAUCGUAGAUCCGCGCCGGCCGCUCCAGUGUUAGCCUCCCACGCAGGCGAUCUUAGGGGAGUUCGUAUUUCUUCCCUCCCCACCGAAGGAGAGACGAAAUACGAACUCCCCUAAAAUCGCCUGUGUGGGAGGCUACUCCAGUGUUUUCUGAACAGUGGAUCACCGUUUUCGAUUCAUCCCCACAAAUUAUCAUGCCUGAUACAAAAAUGUUGCAGGUUUCAAUUGCUUGGCUGUCCAAGGAAUCAUGGUAUCCUAUGGCUUGAUAUCAGGACCUGCUGGGCCGGUGGAGAUCAGUACCCUCGCAAAAGGAUCCUUCUCCGUAUGCCGACCACACUUGACCCAUCAUAUUGCCACAGACGAAGAUUUGAAGUGGCGAAGUUCCGAAGUCUUUGACUGGAUUAAGGACGGCAAAGUUAAGAUUGGCGACUUCACAGUGUUUCCUCUUUCGGAUGGAAGGAAAGCUUAUGAGUUGAUGGAAAGUGGAAAGUCCACAGGGAAAAUAUUGAUGAGGCCGUAA